UUUUUCUCAUAUGAGACACAUCCAUUGUUUGCAAGCUUGUCCUGGCAGCUGGAGCUCUGGGAUUAUUGUUUGGGCAGCUGUAGAGACUGAUAAACCAAUAGCAGAAUUAAAUGAGUGGGUUUGUGAAGAAUAUCUGAGCUGCUUAUUUUAAUAUCUGUGAUAAACAUUCAUUCACAUAUAGCUCAAAUGAAGUGCAGCUGUGCCAGAGCGCGCUGCGGUCCUCGGCGCGGCGGCGUGACGGUGUCCCGGAUGGCUGGCUGGCAGGCUGGCAGGCUGCUGCAGCUCAGCCCGCACGGCUCAUCACCUCCUGCUUAAAAUGGAAUAUUUUCACAGAGCAAACUGCCAAAUUCAUUUGCACCGGGCGGAAAAAUAUGAGCCCUGGUAGUAGAGUAAAUUUGAAAACCAGCUAAUUUCGCCGUUCUUUAUGGCUUCUGGCUCCGGAGAUGAAGAGGGAUCCACGGAAGGCGUUUCGUGGAGACUCAUAGGCCCAGCCACGGGGCUUUCCAACAAGCGCUGCCGUCUAAUAUACUCCUCCCUCGGCCGCGGCUCUGAUGUCUGCCUCUUCUAUGUGAAGGGCGAAUUUUUUGCUAUGGAUGCUCGCUGUGCACAUUCCGGCGGUCCUCUGUGUGAGGGGGACAUUGAGGAGGCUGAUGGAGUCCUGCAGGUCUUCUGCCCCUGGCACGACUAUGACUUUGACCUCAGAACUGGGAAGUCAGGGACCUCCUUACAGCAAAAGGUGUAUGAAGUCAAGCUGGAGGAUGACAACGUCUACGUGAAACAUGCCAGUCGUCUCUCUUUACAGCCUUGUCCUGCAGAUCAGAAGAGUUGAAAUAACCUCAGCCUUCAGCCCUUCGUGAGACUGCUGUAGCGAGCCCGCUCGGGCUAUUUUUAAGACUUGUUCCACAAACGUAAGCCACCUGAAACAUUCCUAGCUUAUCUUUCAUUUUCACAGGCUGUUUCUACUUUGACUGAUGUCAACUCAGGAUGGUAUCUGAUCGUCUGAAGAGGACAUGACAUCAUUAAAUUGUUUCUUGAGUUUUUCCUGCUGGCAAUCCAGGUAGAGACUCAUCGCAAACCCAGAACAUGGAGAACUGAGCUGACCUUGACCGCAGACCAGACCCAAGCAAAUAUGCAAUACAACUGACUAAAAUGUAACUUUUCUAAGCAACUUUAAAAUUAAUCAGCAUAUUAUUGGCUGUGAUUUGUCCAUUUAAUUUUGAAAAAGAAAAAUGAGUCCUGAUAUUUUCAUUUCUGAUGCAAAUAAUACAUUGCUGUAUGUUUUGAAGUUUUUCUUUUUGACAUGUGGGCAGACAGAUUUGCAUCUUGUUGAGACCCACUAUUAGCCAGAGUGGAUCUGAAAACCUAUAAUCUCAAUUCUCAAACUCUCUUCUUGCCCAUCUAUUGCCAGUCUUGUUGUGCUCCUAAGCCCUACUAGGUAAAUAAAAUCUUUUAAUAUGCAAAAUGCAGUCCCAGUCUAGGAAUGUGCAAAUGCAGUUCAAAUCAUGUAUGCACAAAUUGAAUACUACAAAUGUGUGGAAAAUUUAGGUUACCAUCUUGACUUGUUUUUCCUUUGACAAAACAUGUGGAUUGUAAUUAUUUGUUGUGGUUGUCAGUAUUUUAGGUCCAAACUGUAUCAUAGUAAGUGAUAUAGGUCACGUUUCAGCUUCCAUGCUUUUUUACCAAAAGAAUUUGGAAUCAUAUAAUAGUGUAAUUAAAAUGACAGCUAAUAUUGAACAGUCUGAUGCUCAUUACUGCCAAUAAUGCUGUUCAAUAUCUUUAACAAGUGUUACCAGAGGCCUAAAAUUGUGAAACAUGCUGACACGCGAGUCACACUUGUUGAGCUGUGGUCUUUGGAUGAAUUUAGAAACUUGUUCCAAUGAUGUCACGCGUAAGAAAUUAUCUUUCAUAAUAUGUAUUUCUCUACAGUUUUCAACCCAUAUAGAUUUUCCAGGAAGUAGAACACAUGAAGGGAACUGCAAUUAUGAUUGGUGGCAGUCCGGGCAUUAAGACGUUUCCAUCGGCAUUUCUCUCCUUUCCUGGCCUUUGCACAGACAGGUUUGUGUGUUACUGACGCAAUGGGACUCAAAAGAAACGGUUAGUAAGGCGCCAGAGGAAAGUUCACGGCCUGAAACGCAUCAUUGACUCAAGAGAAAUGUGUUUUUGUAGCUUUGUGUGUGUGUGUACGUACUGAUGCAAGUGUGUUUUUUUUAUUCCUCAGUGGUGAGAGCAGUCACUCACUUUAUUUUCUGUCAGUUCUAUUUGCUGGCAGACAGAAACCAGUCAUGAAGGUGUCAGUGAAUGUGUGGCUCAACAUCCUCAUUUUCCUUCCUACUGUGCUUCCUGUUGUGCAUCUUUAUUAAAAUAAUAAUUCCACUGGCUGAAAAUGUCUGUAACUCAUCACCAGGACAAUAAUGAGCAUACACAACAGAAAUGCAGCCAUUUUGUAUCGUUCAAAACGUCAGAGUAAGUAUUGUUCAAAAUUCUUGUAGGUCAGGAGUGGUUUCUUCUAUUUUUAUACCUUGAGAUUACAGAUUACAGAUCUAUUGUUCGUUCCAGCCUCCUGUUACAUGUUUUCUUAUCUGUAUGUCAUAUGUUUAGCUGAUUUUAAAGCAUUUUUUUUCUUUUUAUUAUGACGUUUAUGUACCUGGUUGAAAAAAAUCAGUUUAAAAUAUCUUUUUAAUUUCUAAUACCAACCAAUAUAAACUCAUUGUUUUGUUUGUAAACUGUAUUUAUUGUUGUAACUUCUAUAUUAUGUAAAUCUGUAUUGUUUGUUUUGCUAAUUAAAUUAUUGUAUGGUUGAAACAUCACAAUGUA